AGAUAUUGUCUGUGUUCUUAUCACAAUAAAGCAGUAUGUACUGAUUGUCCCUAAAUUUCAAUACUUUGUGAAUUAGAUAUUCUUUUUAUUCUUUAUUAAUUAUGAUCAGUGUCAUUACAACCUCGCGUCAAUUAUAAUUGACAUUUCAAUAUUUAAAAAAUCAUAAUUCCAUUGUUUUUCCCUGAAAAUAGCUGCAAUUUUGAUGUUUUUAAAUUCAUUCCCAUCAAAAUUUGGUAAAAGGCACCAUUAGCAUGGAUUCUUUUCUAUUCAACCCUUGCGGCUUGCUAAAUUGUGACAAUUGUUCCCAACUGUCAAACUUAAAUUUGCUGAAGAGCAAAAUUUUCCGACAAACCAGCAAAAAUGAUACUUUGAAAAUAAGUGAGCCGAGGUAUUGCUCCAAAGUUUUGCAUGGAAAUUGGUUCGAAGAGCGGGCUCAAUACAAAGCCCCGCCGGAUGAAUGGGUCAGCUCUUAUAAUGUCCUCUUCAAACCGUACAGCAGUGAGAAUUUUAAUGUUACCUCAGAGACUCGUGAGGCUGCGAAGAAGCUCAAAGACAGGAGUAAAGGAGUGACUCGUGAAGAACUGUUGGAGCAUCAUGGUGAUGCCUACCACAACAAUUUUUCUACUGCCUAUGAUCUGAGUUACAGAGUCCUUCCGAGGGGUUUGAGUGGACCUCCUCUUCGAAAAUAUAACGCCUGUAAAAGAACGUACGUUCCUGAACAAGACCUCGCAAAAAAUUUCGGCAAUCAAUACGGCUAUGGCUACAAGGAAUACAUCCAACGAAGAGACGAAGAACUCAUUGAAGAAGCGAAGGACCUCCCUCGUAGCCAUUACCGAUGUGAUUACACUGAAAAAAAAAUACCCACCGAUAAAAGGUAUCCUCGCAGGCGGGCUGAUAUGAAUAAACCAGAUUUACGUCACCUGAAUAUCGAUUUGGAUACCAAAUGGGGUCGUCUGUUUACCCAUGGUUAUCACAGACUCAAUAUUUUGCAGCAGAAGAUUCAUUAAGAUAACAGAGUUGAUUUUUCCUUUAAGAGUAUUGGAGUUUGAGGUAAAAUUGAAAUAAUAACUCUGAGAACUUAGAAUGUUUGUGAUUUUUUAUUCGGUCCUAUUCGUAUAGAAGAUGCAUUGCAAAAUCUUCCUCAAAAUAAAGACCAGACCUUGGACCACAUGGAACGCAUUUCUCAUUAUUUUGUUCCAUGAGCUCCAACCAAGGUCGACUUGGCGUCAUAGGAAAUAUUUAAAAAAUUCUAAUAUAACUGGAGUCUUCCAUAUUGUCAUUAGUAUAUGGAAGUACUGCAGUAAUGAAUACAUAGAAAUGCAAAUUGUUACAAAAAGAAGAUUCUCAAGUACUAAUUAUCUGCUGCAGCUUUAUCAUUACUCAUGACUAACAAAAUUAAUAAAAAAGCUCAUGUAUAUUUGACUCCAUCACACGAUUCAAUAGCGUUUCCAAAGUAUCAAUGAUUCCUCUACCCGUAUCCGCUUAUCCUAGUGAACACACAUUAAGAUAGUUUUAGGUAUCACAAGUUUUCGAGUGUAUCCAUCUAUCAAUAUCCUUCAAAAUUAUUUAUUGAGAUGCACUUAAUCGCAUUAUGGAAUAUCCUAAGACCUAUUUACAUCAUUCCUCGAUUUUCAUGAAUAACAAUCGGUUGGCAGUAUUUUCAACAAAAAAAAAAAAAAAAAAGACAAUAUAGAA